AUGCCCGACAUUCAGUGCAGCCCACCCCCGCUCCCAAGGCAGCUGCGCUUCGUCGUCGCCCUCGCGGCCGUGAGUGCGUCCGAACGUCCUCCCUCUGGCACAGUCUGGACAGGCGCCGAUGCCUGGCUCGAGUCACUACUCUCCCUCCUCGAUCUGGAGCGGGACGCGCUCCCACCCGAUGUCAACCCAGAGGACGUGUCCAUCGCUGCCGGGGGACGCGAUACGUGGUCCAACGACGAGAGACGCGGUAUCGGUUGGGCGCUCAUCCACGCUGCGCUCGCGCCGGAAACGCGUGAAGACACCAAGGAACCCCGCGUUGCGUAUUCUGCCGUCGCACGUGCCGCUGCACACCGCACCCUCUCGCUGCUGGGACUCGACAGCACCCUCCUCUCCGUGGCCGAGGCCAGGGUCGGCGCGACGCUCGCGGCGGCCCUCGAUGGCGACAAGAGCACCGUCGACGAGGCCGUGUCAAAGCAGAAAGAAGGAUGGGGCGGGUCGCUGGGAAGGAGGAUAGGUGCAGGGGUCAUUGCUGGCGGCGUCAUUGUAGGUGUGACGGGUGGCCUCGCCGCGCCGGCCAUUGCCGCCCUCCUCGCUCCCCUCGGCAUGGGGGCGAUUUUCACUGCUGGAGCCGCACCCCUUGUCCUCGGCACACUCUUUGGCGUCACGGGCGGUGGUCUGACCGGGUGGCGUGUAGCAGAGCGAUGGCGCGGCGUCGACGAGUUUGCCUUUAUUGAGGUUGGGGCGGGCACGAAACCGUCCAAGGAGGAAGUCGAUGACCUCAAGAAACACGCCCCGAUCUUUGAUGUCGACUUUGAGACGCGCUUCCAGGGCCAGCUGGAGAGCGACGAGGUCGAAUCUGCGGCCCAGCGUGAGGUCGAGCGCAGCAGGAGAGAGCUCGAGGGCCGGCUGGCAGAAAUGUCUCUUGAAGCCCAUACCGAUCAGGCGAGCCCGUCGCCACCGUCCACCCCGUUGAAACCUGGCGAGUUCAAAAAGCCCACGACUCCCAGCCUCACAGCCACCAUCGUUGUGCCCGGCCUGCUCACCGUCUCGCACACUGAGGCCAUAUCUGCGUGGCGUGCCGCGUGCUCUCCCUAUGGCCACUGGCACUAUGGCACCGACACGCCCGAUUCCAAGGUCCCAGUUGGCCUCAAGGACGGGCGCGACGUCUACCUCCUCCGCUACGAGACCCAGACGAUGCUCGACACGGGUCGCGAUCUCGAGAGUUGGGUUGCCAGCAAGCUGCGUAACGCUGCGGCAACCGAGGUCGUCAAGCACACCGUACUCAGUGCAUACUAUGCGGCCAUUGCGCUGCCUCUGUCUGUGUACAAGCUGUCGACCAUGGCAUUGGACAACUCCUGGGUCGGGGCGCAGGACAAGGCAAUCAAGGCAGGUCGCCUCCUGGGCGAGGUAUUGGCACAGCGGGUGCAAGGCGAGAGGCCCGUUGUGCUCGUUGGUACGUCGGUUGGCGCACUCACCGUCCUCCACGCACUCUUGUAUCUUGCGACCCUCGACGGACCCCCGAUCGUCGACUCGGUAUUCUUCAUCAGUCUCCCCGCAGCCCCCACCGAAGCCGAGUGGGCGUCCGUCCGCCAAACUGUGGCUCGCCGUGUCGUGAACGCAUGGACGGGAUCGGACAUGGUCCUCGCAGGUGUGGUUCGUCUGCACGAGGUCGUCUCUCGCGGCGUCACGGGAAACAACGGCACGCGUGUGGCGGGUCUCGGCCCCGUCAUGCAAAAUGGCGUCGAGGACGUCGACCUGUGUGACGUCCUCAACGGCCACUCUGAGAUUAACACGAGUAUUGGAGACAUCCUGGAGGUCCUCCAGGUUGACGACUAG